AUGAAGGUCGCAAUCUACAAUUAUGCUGUCCUUCUCUCCUGCUUGAGGGCCGCUUCUGUUGUGGCGUCGACCUCAUUCAGUCACGACAUAUGCCCCUCCUGGUACCUCCGUCAGGGAAAGUUUGAUAACAGACAAGAUCCUGUCGUUGAGCUUACUGCUACCUGCUUUACCGGCAACACCACUUCCAACGAGUAUCGCACAAGCAGAUUGGACCUUGACCCAUGCUUUACCAACCAUAACGGGGACCUUGAAGCAGCCGUUUCCGGCUCAUCCAACGAGCCGGGAAGGUUUACCAGGACGUGCUCCGCCUGUGCUCUGGAUCUUGAGGGACCCGAUGGAGACGACGGGAAGACCUGGCAUGUAUUUUUACGUUGUAUCUGUGCUAAACAUAUGGGGCUUGGUUGGGGAUCCGUCCAGAUCGAAAAAGGAAUCAAUGUCAACGACGGCAUUCUAGGCUGUAUGAACUACCCAGGGUCAGAAGUUCCAUAUUCUUCUAACGCCAAUCCGGCCAUGCUUCCGCCCCCGGGCACUACAACAUUGACCACGACGGCAACUGCCAACAAUACCGUUACCGUUACCAAUAUUAGCACAGCUGUUUCCAAUGCGACUAUUUUCAAUACCGCUACUCAAACGGCUAUCUCCACGGUUAUCAGCUCUUGCCAGUCGCCCAGCCCGGUCACGGUCACGAAAACUCGUAAAGGAAAGGCUCAUAAGGUAACAGCCACCACGACAAUGGUAGAAACGCAUCCCGUUACAGUCCUGGUUAGCAUUAUGGUGACGCCCACUCCGAAGCCCACGAUAGAUGCUCAGCUCCACUCGACUGUCGUGGCGGAUUUUACGACCAUCAACAAGUAGCCUGGCUUUCUAAUAGUCUACGCUGGCAGAGGCACAUAACUGGAUAUGGGAAUGAUGUGUUUGGAGUUGGCUAAACAUUGCAUGGGAAGCAUUUUAUAUCAGUCUCGGGCAGGAAUAUUUGGUUCACCUUAUUCUUCUUAAUUUCUACAUAGGUGGCAGGCACCACGGUUUAUUUACCCCGGAAGGGCUUGCGGUCACCAUAUGAUACCCCUAUUUUACGAAUAUUAC